GUGGCGGCAUUUAACGUUGGUUUUCCAGUAAAACCAUAGAAGAAGAAGAGGAAGCCAUCUUCGGGCGGCCCUUAGGUCAACAGCUACACUACACUAUAAAGGUCUACACCUUUAUCCGCUUAUUGUUACAGAGGUGGUAGCGUCGGCCCGGAAGUCGUGACAGCAUGGCGGCAGCUGCAGGGCAGUGGGAUGAGCAUCAGGCGUAUGAGGAGCUGCUGUACUGGGACAGCCUCAUACAACAGGGCCACCGUCUCCUCCCGCAUGAUUUUGAAAGAUAUGAGGAACUCCGUUACUGGUAUGACUGCCUGUGCUACGAGGAGGAGCUGAGACAAUAUCAUGAUUACAUUGCUGCUAUGGAGCAUGUUGAGGACAGUCGGCCACAUGAGGACACUGCAGCCCCUAAGGUGCACGCUGGGCCAUAUGAUCGCCAUGUGAUGGCCAAACACUCUGAUGUGUAUCCUUCACCAGAGGAGCUGGAGGCAGUGCAGACAAUUGUCACUCGUGUGGAAUGUGCCCUUAAGACAGUCUCUGACCAGAUGGAUACUGCGAAAGGUGUCAAAAAACCAACAGAGGCAGGGAGUAAAAGCAGUGAUUCGAAAGAGCGUGUCCUGCGUGGAGUUAUGAGAGUCGGCCUGGUGGCCAAGGGACUCUUGCUAAAGGGUGACAAGGAGCUGGAGCUGGUGCUGCUUUGCUCCAACAAGCCUACCAUCACUCUGCUAAAUCAAGUGUCUGAAAAGUUAUCCGAACAGUUGGAGGCAAGUUCAGCUGGAACGUAUACAGUGACCCCGUGUCCAGGGGAUGCAACCCUUGUUGUGACAACCACUAAGGAGUCAGCUCUGACUCUCACUAUCCACCUGACGUCACCUCUUGUCAGGGCAAUGCAGGAGAAUAAAGCUGCAGAAGGAGAAGAAAAAGGAGAGGCAGAAGGAGAAGAAAAAGGAGAGGCAGAAGGAGGAGAAAAAGGAGAGGCAGAUGGAGAAGAAAAAGGAGAGGCAGAUGGAGAAGAAAAAGGAGAGGCAGAAGGAGAAGAAAUAGGAGAGACAGAAGGAGAAGAAAAAGGAGAGGGAAAAGGAGAAGAAAAAGGAGAGGGAGAAGGAAAAGAAACGCGAACAGUCAACGAUCCGCCGGACGUUCUGGACAGGCAGAAAUGCCUAACUGCCUUGGCGUCCCUCCGCCACGCCAAGUGGUUCCAGGCCAAAGUGAACAACCUGACUUCUGCUGUCAUUGUGAUCCGGAUCAUGAGAGACCUAUGUAACCGCGUUCCUACAUGGACGCCACUCUCCGGAUGGCCUCUUGAACUGCUGGUGGAGAAGGCUAUUGGUACAUCUGAGAGACCAAUGGGAGCAGGCGAGUCAUUGCGCAGGGUUUUGGAGUGCAUUGCAUCUGGAAUCCUCUUGCAAGACGGCCCUGGAAUGAAAGACCCGUGUGAGAAGGAAACAGUCGACGCCGCUGCAUGUCUGACUCUACAACAGCGUGAAGACAUCACCCAGAGUGCUCAGUUUGCCUUGAGGCUGUGUGCAUUUGGACAAAUGCACAAGGUGUUGGGGAUGGACUACAAACCUACAAAGCCACGGAAAUCAGCAGGAGGCAGCAGAGAUGGCACAGCCCAGAUAACACCUGCUGGACACUACAACUUACCAUCGAAGAGACCUUACACAGAGGUGGAGAAAGAAGGGGAGGAGCCACAACUCAACAGCAAACAGAGGAAGUUUCUCAAGUUCCAGAAGCGCUUUCCAAGGAAAUCAUUCACAGAUGAUUUUAGCAUGAAUGCCGUGAUGCGUCUGAACCAGUACAGACCUGGCCUGGAGUACCGACUCACCUCUCAGACCGGUCCAGUCCACGAGCCGGUCUUCACAAUGGCCGUGGAUGUAAAUGGGAAAACCUACGAGGCAACGGGGCCCUCCAAACGAGCUUCAAAGCUGAAUGUAGCCACCAAGGUCCUGCAGGAUCUCGGCCUUCCGACAGGCUCAGAAUCUAAACCAGAGUCGACUGGUGAUGGUGAAGGAACCCAGGAAUUAGUGAAAGCUGCUAGCACGGUCUCUACUACAUCAGAAGAUAGCGGUCAGGGUCCUAUCUUGACCAAACAUGGCAAGAACCCUGUGAUGGAGCUGAAUGAGAAGCGCCGCAGCCUGAAGUACGAGCUGUCUGCAGAGACAGGGGGCUCCCAUGAAAAGUGCUUUGUCAUGGAGGUGGAGGUUGAUGGACAGAAGUUCAAAGGGAGAGGCUCAAAUAAGAAGGAAGCAAAGGCCUAUGCUGCCCUCGCUGCUCUGGAGAAGCUGUUUCCAGAUGACAAUGGAGUGUCAAAUGCCAACAGAAAUCCUUUAAAGAAGAAGGUCACUUACACCGACAUGCACAUCCCAGGGUUCGGCACUAUCCGUGGCAUUCCCUCAGACUCCGGGACUCGGGGCUGGGGUCCCCACAGAGGUCGAGGCAGGGGCCGAGGCAAACAGUUUCCUGCAGGACCCAGCUAUAACAAGACCAACUACAGUUAUGAGAGCGGCACUGGCGCAGGCUAUCAUAAACUGUAUGGUAACAAUGCAGCCGGCAAUGCAGCCAAAGGCGCUGGCCCCACUGGAUCAGGCGGCAACAGCGGCUACGGCACCUUUUACCCAGAGGGCAGCAACACCUACGCCUCCCCACCCGUCUCUGGCUCCGAUUCAGGCAACAUGAAGGGAGAGAGCUACCAGUCGAUGCCUCCUCCCGCCGACCAGGAGAGCCCCUACAGCUACGGGUAUGGAGAUGAGAAGAAGAAGAUGCUGACCCAGGGUCAGAACGAGGGCCAGGGAGGAGACUACUGUAUGUACAGCACGGCGUACCCCAGCUCAGUGACAGGUGGCCAGACAUAUAAUAACUAUGGCUGGGGAAACCAGUCGUCAUGGGGGAACCAGCAGGGGUAUCAGGGGUACCAGGGCUUUGGAGGACAAAAUGACAGUUCCUACUCUGGAUACGGCGACAUGAAUUACUAACCAUCACAUCGUGUACAGCCUUUCUCAUCUAACUAUGCCACCUUUUGACUCUGUCCACCCUUGAUGAUCAUGCUCCUCGCAUAAAGGUUCUGAAAAGGGAAAAAAAAAGUGGUUGUGUUGUCUCUGAAACUGGAUUUUUAUUUUCAACUCAUUUGUUAGUUUUACAGUUGUGGGUGACACAGUUGCAGGCUUUUCUUUUGAUUUAAGUCCACCUGUUUUAUUUUAACCGCAACAUCUUUUUCAUGUCUGUGUUGACAUAAGUGUAAAAAUACCUGGUUUGUCAUCAUGUUAUGUUUCUGGAGUUGUUGUGUUUUUUAAUCUAGAGAACCGGAUCUGUAUCAGUGUGUUGUGGUUUUCAUUUAAAGCUGCUUGUAGUUCUGAACUGAAGGUUUAUUUCUGUGUCAUGUAAAAUGCUUUGUUCUUUCUUGUAAAAUAAAUGACUCUUAU